AUGGACGCCAGUCUCGCUCGCCUCUUCACCGCCAACUCGCAGUGGGCCGCCGCAGUGCGCGACGCCGAGCCCGAAUUCUUCCAGACAUCCGCACAGGGACAGGCGCCAAAGGUGCUCUGGAUCGGAUGCAGCGACUCGCGAGUGCCCGAGAGCGUCGUGACCGCCUCCCGCCCCGGCGACAUCUUCACACACCGCAACAUCGCAAACCAAUUCCACCUAGACGACGAUAGCGCACUCGCUGUGCUGACAUACGCGGUCAUGCACGUCGGCGUCGAGCACGUUGUCCUCGUCGGCCACAGCAAUUGCGGUGGCGCAGCUGCGUGCUAUGAUGCCGCCUGCGCUGGCCCUGCGGGCGCACCGAGCGAUUCGUUGGGGCGGUGGCUGGCGCCGCUCGUCGAGCUGGCUGCGUCAUUGGACCUGGCAGGCACAGACAGGCCAGCCGCCCUCGCGAAGCUCGUCGACGCGAAUGUCCGGAAACAGGUCGAGAACCUGGUGUCGUGCGAUGUGAUGCAGAAGGCGUGGCAGGCUGGCAAGACCGUGCGGGUUCACGGUCUCGUGUACGAUCUCGCCAGCGGCCAGCUCAAGGACCUCGGCGUCACCCAGGGCCCGCCGGCAAAGGCAUAG